AUGACUCAUGAGCCGUGGUGCAACUUUAACCACAGGCGAGUUGGAACAGACUCCAGUCCCAGACCAGACUCAGACUCAGACUCAGACCCAGACCAGACUCACUCUAGACUGCUCUUGGUUCAUUCCAUCAUGCUCCUCUGGGUCUCCGUCGUCUUCUUCACAGUGUGGAGCUGGCACCUCGUCCACACUCAAGCGGAGGACUUCCUGUGGGGGUUUGAGCCGCCGCUGCUCGACGGCGCCCCCGUGGACCAAUGUGGGAACAUCCUCUGGAACAUGGUCCCAAACAAUGCUGUCGCCGUGGCAACAGGACACACUGUCACCGUAACAACAGAAAACCCUGUCACAAUGAAAACAGAAACCACUGUGGCCACGGCAACACAACACGCUAUCACCAUGGUAACAGCUCCAUCCGGUGUCUCCAAGGGGACGAUGAGCAGAUACCUGACACAUGAAACCACGCCCACAGACCCUUACGAACCAAUCAGACGCUUCCUCCAUGAGCUCCUGUCUCAGUCAAUCAGAACGCAGCAUUCAUCAGAGAGCAAAGAAGCGACAGCCAAUCAGAGACGACUAUACUCACAGACUUCCAGCUCCAGCUCAGAGGAAAGCAGCCACUGA